GAUAUUUCUACCAGAACCACCUGAUCCUGCAAACAGGAGGCUUUGACAUUUCCUCCUCAGUAUCGCUUUACUCUGAAACCUGUUUGCGGAAGAGUCCUCUUUUUUUUUUUCCAGUACACACCCACUUUUCCUCCCCACCCACAAACUUUUAAGAGAGGCACACCUUUCCUCCCAGGUGAGUCUGUCAGCAGAGACCUGGCCCUCCUAUAAGGAGGAGAAGCUCGGACUGAGAUGGAUUCCUCGCUCUCCAUAGGUGGAGCAGAGCCUGCAGCAGAUGCAGAUCUAAGCGGCAGGCAGCAGACAGAGGGGCAGCUUGGACAGCCCAAAGCAAUCCAAGAUGAUCCCGAGAUGUAUACCAUGGACAGCUCUCCAGAUAGUGAUGAUGAGGGUAUCGACAAGAAAACAAAGAAGAAAAAGAAGCUGAAGAAAAAGAAGAAGAAGAAGGACUCCAGUUCAUCAUCUUCAUCAUCAUCAUCGUCAUCAUCAUCGUCGUCGUCUUCUUCUUCCUCCUCCUCCUCCUCUUCAUCUUCUUCUUCCUCCUCCAGUAGCUCCUCAGACAGUGAUAGUGAGGAUGACAAGAAGAAAAAGAAGAAGAAGAAGCAGGAAAAGAAGAAAAAGGAUGAGAUGAAAAACUAUGUCUGGGACAACGUUGUCGUCUGUCAGGAAGGUCCUGAGGGCCUGGAGGAGGAGCUUGACAUAGAAGCCAUGAAGAUACAAGUGGAAUACGACUCAUCAGAUGAGGAGCAUGAAAAGAAGAAGGAGAAAAAGAAGAAGAAGAAAAAGGACAAGAAAAAGAAAAAAAAGAAGAAGAAGGAUUCCUCUUCCUCCUCAUCUGACAGCUCAUCAGACAGCGAAGAUGAUAAGAAAAAGAAAAAGAAAAAGAAGAAGAAGACAAAGAAAAAGAAGAAGAAGAAGGACUCCAGUUCUUCUGAUAGCUCCUCUUCUUCCUCUGACAGUGACGAUGACAAGAAAAAGAAGAAGAAGAAGAAAAAGGACAAGAAGAAGAAGAAAAAAAAGGACAAGAAAAAGGAUUCCAGCUCUUCAUCUUCAUCUUCUGAUAGUGAAAAAGACAAGAAGAAAAAGAAGAAGAAGAAAAAGGAUAAGAAAAAG